AUGGACCAAGACAACGCUACAGAAGCAGAGCAUAUUAUUGCCGAAGAUAAUACUGAGCGAAGCGACAAUGCAAGAAAUCAUACUGAAGCCGUGAAUGAAGUCAGGACUCAGACAAAGGAUGAAGCUGCACCUUCGACCAAGCCCCUUUCUAAAGACAAAGCUGCAUUGAAAGCUGAACUUAUGCACCGAAUCUUGAAUCAAAAAAAAAAAAAAAUCAAAGCUGAAGAGGCAGAAGCUAGGUCCAAGGUUAGAGAUGAUGAAGGAGAGGUACUCUAUACCUUUCAUCGCCGCAAGAUCGUUCGAAUCAGCGAAUAUCUUGUGGUGAAAAAAGCCGAUGAUAUUCCGGUCCAUGAAGCUCCAACCCUUUUGUUCAUCGCUGAAAAUACUACAAUCCCAGUGCCAAAAGUUCAUGAUGUUUGGAGAAUGGUAAAGUGGUUGGCUUUGUCAUGGACUAUAUGCCUGAAACAAUCAAUUGCUGAGCAACUCCUUCGCUAUAUCUCCCAACUACGAAACGUCAAAGGCAAUUAUAUUGGUGCCAUUAAUCGUGGACUAUCAGCUCCACUCAGAUACUAUGCAGAACAUGCACUGGUGGAUGGCCAUGAAAUUGUCUUCACCCAUUCUGAUUUCUCCUCUCGGAAUAUCCUUGUGCAUGAAAACAGUGAUUACCAGGUUACAGCUAUCCUAGACUGGGAGUUUGCUGGCUGGUAUCCAGAGUGGUGGGAAUACUUUAGGGCAUACAAGAGCUUCCACCGAGGCAAGGAUUGGGGUGAUUACCUGUGCUAUAUUCUGCCCGCUCGAUAUGACCGAGAGUUCAUUGCUAUGUCUUAUGUAUCUGAAUACUGCAGUAGCUAG